CUCUCUGCUCCUUUUUCAGCGACCAGUAUCCACAGCGCCUUUGACCAUCCUGCCAAUUGUGACAGCUCAGUGACCAGCUGAUUUUUACGUGUAUUUUAUUUUAUAUAGUAUUUCUCGAAUACAACAAACAGCACACAUCCAGAAUGAAUAGCUCGACAGAUCCGAGGCGGCCGGACAAGGAGGUCCGCUACAAACCACCGGGUCCAAAUAAUCAGACGCACAUGCAGGACGACAUGACGCCCGAGUACAUGAACGUCAUAGGAAUGAUCUUCAGCAUGUGCGGCCUGAUGAUGAGGCUGAAAUGGUGCUCCUGGGUGGCGCUCUACUGCUCCUGCAUCAGCUUCGCCAAUACGCGAACGAGCGAGGACGCCAAGCAGAUCCUCAGCUGCUUCAUGCUGUCGAUAUCCGCGGUGGUGAUGUCCUACCUGCAAAAUCCACAGCCCAUGACACCGCCGUGGGCGAGUGCUGUGCAGUGAAUAUUUCGUUUUUUUUUUAUACAAGCAAUGCCCUCUGCGCGGGUUACUUUGUUAAGAAAGAAUCGUUAUUGUCUUACACGCGAGUGCGAGGAAAUAAUGUCUGUUGGAGAAUGAAUGAUUGUUAUAUACAUAUAUAUAUAUAUAUAUAUAUUACAUAGAGAAUUUCUCUCUAUAAUAUACAAAUAAAUAAUAGUAAAUUCACUAUAGUAAUUUAUUAUCACUCGGUAUGCAAUAUUGAGUCCGCGUUACAUCGAGAAUAACUUUCGGAGUAUUCUACAUAAUCACUCAAUAUGCAGAUAUAAUUCUCAAUCGCAUAUACACUAUAUACAGACGUAGCAUUUUUUUCCUCGUCGUUUGUUUGUUUUUUUUCUUAUAAAUAAUUCUAUUAUGUAAAUUUGUAUAUUCUGCGAGAGUUUUUCCCUAAAGCUACUAUAAAUAUUACAAUAAAUGUUACAUUUUUCUAAGCAUA